UCUCUCUAAGCAUAAAGCUUUUUUUUUUUUUUUUUGCUUCUAAAGAAAAAUGGGUAGUAGAAAGCUUGAUCAUGUGAAAGACAAUGACAUCUCAGUGAAAAUAACUUUUUCUAAACGCCAAAUUGAUACUUUCAAGAAGGCUGAUGCACUUGCGAGGCAAGCUAGGAUUCGCAUGUAUCAAGCCAAACUUGAUCAGCUUGAGGAAGAAGUGGAACUAAACAAAGCGUAUGAGGAGGAUUUGAGGAAGAGGCAAGAAAAACACCGCAUGGCCGGAUUCUACAAUAGGAAGGAGAUUCCCAAUCUAAAGUUGGAGGACUUGCUUGUUUUUAAGAAACAACUCGAGAAUCUCAAAGAAGAUGUAGAGAGGAAACGCGUUGAGAUGGAGGCUUCGUUGAUCCUAUUGGAGCUUUCAAAAUGGGAUGAUAAUAAGAAUUAAGAAUAAGAAAAUCAUUUUGGUUAAAAUCAUUUUGGCUUAUAAAAUCAUUUUGGUUAAUUGUUGUUGAAGGAACUUGUGUCUUUCAUCUUUUUGUCUUUUAAAUCAUAUUUCAUAAUAAAAAAUAAGUUUCAUCUUAAUAAUUUGGAAUAGAU